AAGUCUAUCAACAGCAAAAACUCCAACAUACAUCAUGAAUCAAAUUGAGCCAACUACAAUGAAAAUUGAUAAUGAAGAUUUUCGAACUCUCUUCACACCUCAACUUUUGAAACUCCGUGAUUUAUUCGCCAAACGAAAUUAUGAGCUUCGAAUUGCCGGUGGAGCUGUUCGAGAUCUACUUAUGAACAUUCGACCGGCUGACGUUGACUUUGCCAGUACUGCAACACCGACUCAAAUGAAGGAAAUGUUCGAAGAGGAUAAAAUUAGAAUGCUUCAUAAAAGAGGCGAAGAGCACGGAACAAUCACGUGUCGCAUUGACGAUUGUGAAAACUUUGAGAUCACAACGCUUCGUGUAGACAUUGUGUGUGAUGGAAGAAGGGCUCAAGUUGAAUACACAACUGACUGGCAACUUGAUGCAAAUAGAAGAGAUCUUACUAUCAAUUCACUGUUUUUGGAUCUUCAUGGAAACGUUGUCGACUAUUUCGGUGGAAUCAGAGACAUUGAAACUCGGCGCAUCGCUUUUGUUGGAGACGCUCGUCAGAGAAUCCAGGAGGACUAUUUACGAAUUCUUAGAUAUUUCCGUUUCUUUGGACGAAUCAGUGACUGUACGGAACACGAGCACGACACAAUUCAGGCGAUUGUAGAGAACAAGGAUGGUAUGGCGGGAAUAAGUGCCGAGAGAAUUUGGACAGAACUCAAAAAGAUUGUGGUUGGAAGAAUGGCUGAUGAGGUGUUAAAAGCGAUGAUUGAACAAUGUGAAUUACAAAAAUAUCUGGGACUUCCGAAGGAAUGCAAUCUAGAGAGAUUUCAUACAGUUUUUAAUAGGUUUUCAAAAACUGUCGAGCCAAUGACAAUGAUUGCAUGCCUGUGUGAGGAUGAACAUCAAAUCGCCGAAUUUCAUCGUAUUACGAAGCUCUCGAACGAUGAACGUCUCCUCGGUGAAUUCAUUCUUAGUGAACGACAAUCUGCUGUUGAGAAUUUAAAAAACGAUGACUGGUGGAUUGAUAGAAUUGUUGAUUUGGAAGUACGUCCUGGUCACGAGAAUCAACAGGAUCGACUUCGUCAGCGACUUGUCCAACUUGCCAAAAGUGUGCUCGCUGAUGAAGAAAGAAUUCAAAUGAUUGAGAAUUUUGAAGCUCCCAAGUUUCCAAUAACUGGUCGUGAUCUGAUGGAAGCUGGUGUUCGAAAAGGUCCUCACGUCCGAAAUGUACUCUAUUAUCUUUACAAUUUAUGGAAAGAAUCAAGAUUCACUGAAAGCAAAUAUUCUUUAUUGGAGCGUGCCAAAGACUCGGACAUUCCGGAUUUGUCGAAAGAACGCCGAAAGUCGAUAUCCCCAAAACGUUAAUUCGUUGUCCAAAUUUUUUUUGAAUUUGUUAUUGUUUCUUUUGGAAUAUAAAUUAUUGUUGAUCG